AAACGCGUUGGUAAUAAAUGGAGAGUAUUAUCUAUCUAUACAUACUCACAUCACACAUCACACAUGACACAAACUUCUGAAUUUCAUUUGCAGCCUACUGUUCCCUUGUUGAAUUGAAACCUAACCUCACAAACAAUAAUCCCCAAAUCAAUUUACAAGACUCCAUUUCUAGGGUUUUCAUUCGAACUCCAUUUCUCUCUCUCUGCGGUCACUUUUUUUCGUUAAAAAGUUCUUUGAUUUCACAUAUUUAAAAGAAUAAGGUUUUGAUUUUUGCCAGUUUCCAAUCUUUCGAUCAAUGUGAUGAGCUGCAUUGAAGCUGUUGAAGCUCCAAUCUGGAUAAAAGCUAGGGUUUUUUUGGAUCAAUGUGGAGUCUACUACGCCAUCAAUGGCAGUGACUGCGAAUAAUGAAGCUUAGGGUUUCGGCGGUGUUUUUUUUGUAUCCGAACUCAUUGUUGAUGGCGGCGCAAAGGAAUUUGGUGGUUGAGACUGGGCGGUUCAGGGACGAAGAGAAUGCGGAGGAUUCGCCGACGAGGAAGAAGCCGAUCGGUGCAAAAUUGGAGGGGAAGUUUCCGUUGACGCGAUGGGAAGUUGUAGCCGCUCUGGGUGUGUUUUUGGUGUUCUCGACGGGUUUGUUUUGCAUAUACCUGACGAUGCCAGCUGCAGAGUAUAGCAAAAUCAAGCUGCCACGUACAAUUUCGGAUCUUCGUAUGCUCAAAACGCAUCUCGCAACAUAUGCUCAAGCUUACCCAGCAAAAUUCAUUCUGGGUUACUGCUCAACUUACAUAUUCAUGCAGACAUUUAUGAUCCCUGGCACCAUUUUCAUGUCAUUGCUAGCUGGAGCACUUUUUGGUGUUAUCAAAGGCCUUUUCUUGGUUGUUUUUAACGCCACAGCUGGAGCAUCCUCAUGCUAUUUUCUCUCUAAGUUAAUUGGCAGGCCUAUAGUUUGUUGGUUAUGGCCUGAUAAAUUGAGAUUUUUCCAAUCAGAGAUAGGUAAGCGCAGAGAGAAGUUACUGAAUUACAUGCUCUUCUUGAGGAUAACUCCAACCCUGCCCAAUCUUUUCAUCAAUUUGGCAUCUCCGAUUGUGGAUAUACCUUUUCAUGUCUUCUUUCUGGCAACAUUGAUUGGUCUUAUUCCAGCCUCUUAUAUUACUGUCAGGGCUGGCCUUGCUCUUGGGGAUCUGAAGUCAGUCAAAGACCUAUAUGAUUUUAAGACGCUAUCUGUGCUAUUCCUCAUUGGCUCUAUCUCCAUGCUUCCUACCGUCUUGAAGAGGAAGCGAAUAUAUGAAUAAAAAGAUGUUGAGCCCCCUCCAUCCUCUAGCCAGUUUAAGAUGAUGACUUUCUUGACUGUUGGUGAGGAGGAAAUUUCUUGCAAGGCCCUUUUUUGCGAAAAGCACCAGGAAACGAGACUCUAUUUAAUCUUGGCUUGUGAUACACUGGUGGAUUUACCCUAUAGAAGCACAAAAAGCAAAAGUAUUCUUUUCAUUGCUUGUAUCUGUAUGUCAAUGAAAUAUUCUCAGUGGGGAUUAUAUGGACAACUGGGAGCCAGAAAAAAUCUGGAUUGCACGGGUACAUGAAUGUUGAUUGUAGCAGCUAUAUACAAAGUAAUUUCUGAUUCAAUUUUCAUCUUGAAGUCAUUUUAGCCAUUAAUGGAGAUAAGGACAUAUGUUGUAAACUCAUUUUAUGGUGUUUCCUUGGUCACAUUUGGUAUCAUCUAUACUUUAAUAUUCUGUUGAUUUUGCUA